GUGAUAACCCUAAAUUGGUCAUACUACUGAUUACUGAAAACAAAGUUGUUUUUAAAAGUUCUGAGAGAAAUUAGCCAUUUAAGCUGUUAUAUCAGUGUCGAGUGAUGUCUUCCCAUGAUUACGAGAAUAUAUUAGGACAUUGUAUCGAUUCAUUAAAAAGUUGUAAAGAUUUAUCUGAUAAAUAUCUCAAAAACGAUACAGAAAUUUUUUCUCUCAUAAAGGACCUAGCAAAAGAAUACAGUGAGGCUAAUUUUUCGAAGGAAAAAUCAGACAGGGCUAUAUUAAGAAUAGAAAAGGAUUUGAAUAGAAUUGACAAUAUAGAUUUAGAUAUUGAAGCAUUGCAUAAGAAAUAUGUCGAUGAGGAUGAAACAGAGUUAAUUCUCACUGAAUCAGCUGUAUGGAAAGAUGUAUUUAGCGGUUCGGACAUCCAGGAAAUCCUUCAAGAAAAUGAAACAUUGUCAGAUGCUAACUUUGAAAGAGUAGAUGACUCUUUACUUUGUUCUAAUGUAUUUCAACCUCCCAUAGAUCCAAUUAGUAAAGUAUUAAUAAAAGAGCCUUAUAAAAAUGCAGUUUGUGGGCAUUAUUUCGAUUAUGACACCAUUAUGAACUAUGUUAAAGAAAAAAAGGGAAAAACAAAAUGCCCAUAUAUGGGCUGUGCCAACGUAGCUUUCAGAGCAAGCCAUUUAAAAUUGGAUGAAAGGAUGAAAAAACAAGUAUUGUUAUAUUUGCAACAACACAAUGAGUCCACUGACGAAGAAUGACUUUAAAAAAGAAGAUAUUUGUUAAUUUUAUAUGAAAGAAUAAAACUUUUAUUUUC